AUGUGGAUGAAAAUAAUAUGUUUUCUCUUUCACUUUGGAACAAGGACAGGUUGUUUUUGCUAUUUAGAUUCUAGUAUAGUAAUAAAGAGGAAGAUAAAUAAAAUAAAAGUCAUGUGCAACAUAUCAAAUAGAAAACCCUCUCAAGAAUAUGGAAGACAGGAAGAACUGCAUCAUAAGGUUUGUGAUUUGCUUGUGUUUUCAGCCACAGAUGAUGUAAAAGCUUUCAAAGAGGCUGUUGAAAAACACAAUCAUGAUGUCAAUGAGGUCGGGUUGUGGUAUGGAAGAAGGAUUGGCUCAAAGGAAAUGGGAUAUGAAGAGAGGACACCUCUUAUGAUUGCUUCCUUAUUUGGAAGCAAGGCUGUAUUGUGUUAUAUUCUCGAAACCGGCCGUGUUGAGGUAAACCAAGCGUGCGGAUCGGAUAGGGCUACUGCUCUUCAUUGUGCUGUUUCUGGUUGUUGUGCUGCUUCUGCCGAGGUUAUCAAGCUUUUGCUUGAAGCAUCUGCAGAUGUUAAUUCUGUUGAUGCGAUGGAUAAACGGUGCAUUGACUUGAUUGUCAUGAUGCCUAAUAGUAUCUCCGGUUCAAAGAAGAGGCUACUACAAGCCAUACUAGAUGGUACUGAUAAUAUCGAUGAUGACAAUUAUUUCCUUAAGGAGGUAGGUUUCCAAAUGGAGAAGCAGCAACAAGAUAUUAGUACACCUCGAAUCGAGAGGAAAGAUUAUCCGAUCGAUCUAUCUCUACCCGACAUAAAUAAUGGAAUAUAUAGUACAGAUGAAUUUAGGAUGUAUAUAUUCAAAGUGAAGACUUGUUCAAGGGCUUAUUCUCAUGAUUGGACUGAGUGUCCCUUUGUUCAUCCAGGGGAAAACGCAAGGCGCCGUGAUCCGAUCAUAUAUCAUUACACCUGCGUCCCUUGUCCUGAGUUUCGGAAGGGGUCAUGCAGUAAAGGGGAUGCUUGUGAAUAUGCACAUGGUAUUUUUGAGUGCUGGCUUCAUCCUGCUCAAUACAGAACAAGGCUUUGUAAGGAUGAGGCCGAAUGCACCCGAAGAGUCUGCUUUUUCGCUCACAAACCCGAGGAGCUUCGGCCAUUGUAUGCUUCUACUGGUUCUGCUUUGCCUUCACCUAUAUCCUAUUCAAAUUCACCUAGUGCUUCUUCAAUGGAUUAUUUCUCAUUGAGCUCUCCGUCCAGUUCGACAAAGUCCAUGUCGACACCGCCUUUGACUCCAUCUGCAGCGUCAUCUCCUUCAGGCGGAACCAUGUGGCCGACUCAGUCUCAUGCUGCAGUUCCUACACUUCAAUUGUCGAGAAGCAGAUUGAAAACUGCAUUGAAUGCUAGAGAUGAUACUGAAUUUCUCGAACUUGAAAAUCGCCUUUUGCAGAAGCUAAUGAUUGAAGAGAUGACAGGUCUUUCAUUCCCUUCAGAUAGGCUUGCAGGUGUGAAUCCUGCCAACCUCGAAGACAUUCUCGGUUCCGAGAUGCAAUCUCCAACAUCAAUUCAGGUGCACCCGAAUGUGACUCAACAACUUUGGGGCUUUUCUUCUGACCUUACCAAUACAAGAAAUGAUGCCUUGUCGAAGCGGAGCCAGAGCUUUAUCGAGCGCAGCAACAUGGGAAGCUUUAGUUCUAAGCUUCCUUGUGCUACCUCGGCUGCUAUGGAGCCAUAUACUAACUUCUCUGGUUGGGGCUCCCCUGAUGGAAAAUUAGACUGGUCCAUCCAUGGUGAUGAACUGAAUAAGAUGAAAAAGUCUUAUUCUUUCGGCUUUGGAAACCAAGAAUGCAAUUCAACAAUGGCUGCAAAAAGUGCUGAUGAGCAAGAUGUAUUAAUAAGGCAGGAAUCAUGGGUUAAUUCACUAGUGAAGGAUGCACCAACAGUGCAAUCAGAUCAAUAUUGUUUUGAAGUGUAA